AUGACUCUCAGCCCGUGUUCCAGCAACGGGGGAAAACGGCUGGCGGCGGGUAGUCCGUACUACGAUCUCGGGCGACACACGCGUCGCGUAAGCACCAGGAGUGCAGAUGCCCAAACUUGGUUCGAUCGCGGGCUGAACUGGGUUUACGCUUUCAACCACGCCGAGGCUGCCGCGUGUUUCGGACAAGUGGUACUUCACGAUCCCGGCUGCGCCAUGGGUUACUGGGGUGUUGCAUUUGCAACGGGCCCCAACUACAAUAAGGGUUGGUCGGCUUUUGAUAAGGAGGACUUGUCACAAUCUUUGGCAACAUGUUACAAUUUCUCCCGCAAAGCCCAGGAGAUGUCCGCGUCCGCGACCCCUGUCGAGCGGGCCCUUAUCGACGCUCUCACGUAUCGUUUCCCUUCAGCUACAACGCUCGUGGACCUGGGGUCGAAAUCCGUUCUCGCAUACGCCGAUGCCAUGAGGCAAGUGGGCAAGGAUUUUGGCGAGCAGGAUCUGGACGUCACUGCCCUCGUAGCGGAUGCCCUGAUGAACACGGCACCUUGGAAACUUUACCGGGCAAAAACCGGCGAACCCAAUCUCAAUACCCCCGUCCUUGAAAUACGCGGGAUGCUCGAACGCGGUAUGACGCUACCUGACGCAAGGUAUCAUCCCGGUAUCCUCCAUAUGUACAUCCACCUCGUUGAGAUGUCUAAGAUGCCCGAGGACGCUGUCAACGCGGCCGAUUACUUGCGAGGCCUGGUCCCCGAUGCCGGCCAUUUGCGCCACAUGCCCAGCCAUAUCGAUGUUCUUGUCGGGGACUACCGGCGAGCUCUUCACACCAAUCUAGAAGCCACUAUUGCCGACGACAGGUACUAUGCCCGGGAGGGCGGGAGAAACUUUUAUUCCUUCUAUCGGAUGCACAACUACCACUCUCUCAUAUACAACGCCAUGAUGGCCGGUCAAUCCCAAGCCGCCCUUGACGCCACCACUCGGAUGGAAGAUACGAUCACCGAGACGAUGCUUUUGAUGACCUCCCCUCCGAUGGCGAGCUGGCUGGAGUUCUUCAAGUCGGUUCGCGUUCAUGUCCUCAUCCGGUUCGGCAUGUGGGAGGAGCUGAAGCAGCUGCCAGUCCCAGAGGACAAGGAGCUCCACUGCGUCACCGUCGCCAUGACGUACUAUGGGAAGGGCAUUGCAUAUGCGGCUACCAACGACGUCAAGGCCGCAGUUGGAUACCAAGACGUCUUUAGGGACGCGGCAAGGCGCGUGCCGCCCAGCCGCCUCGACUUCCCCAACAAGGUCGUUGACGAACUCGCAGUUGCAGCAGCUAUGCUAGAGGGAGAGAUAGAGUAUCGACGCGGCAAUUACGAGGUUGCUUUCAAGAGCUUGCGCCUCGCCAUCGCGCGGGAUGACUCGCUGCUUUAUUCAGAGCCCUGGGGUUGGAUGAUCCCCUCACGCCACCCAUAUGCCGCGCUACUGCUCGAGCAGGGGCACGUCGAUGAGGCUGCCAGGAUCUACGCCGAUGACCUCGGUCUCGGUGCCGGUCUCGUCCGAGCCCACCAGCACCCAAACAACAUCUGGGCCCUACACGGUUAUCACGAGUGCCUUCGACGCCUAGGGCGCACCGCCGAGGCGAGCAUCAUCCGCAAGCAGUUGUCACUUGCUCUGGCAGGCGCCGACAUCAAAAUUGAAUCGUCGUGUUUCUGUCGAUUGAAGCCGACGGAUGAUGGCGUUACCAAGGGUUGUCGUUUAUAG